CACGCCCAUCCUCCUCACUCCUUCCCCCGGAGUUCUACUCAGGCGGCAUCUGCAGCCGCGCUCUCAUAGCUCUGAGAGAGAAUCUAGCAUUAUGGCCACUCCAUCGUCCGACAAGAAAGCGCAGAAGCAACCGCAGGGUGAGGUGCCCGUAGGGCCGAAGAACGAGGUCGCCUCUGCCCCUGGUGACGCCCAUGGGGUCAGCAACCCCGAUCCUGGUGCCUCGGUCCCCUCGGUCUUGAGCGGUCUUUCUCCAUCGGGUGGUGGCGCCCCACACAGCAGCACAGCAGGUUCCUCUGCCUCCACCCUGGCUGCUGUCGGCGCCAUUUCGAUCAACGGCGAGGGCCUGGGGCUGCCCUCCACAGCCCGUGUGCAGGAGAGGGAGUGUGCUGACCUCCAGGGCGGCCGCAGUCCCCACGCCGAGCUGAGAUGUGUGGUGCCCGGAGCGGGCCAAGGUCUCCAGGCCUCACACGCAGGUGGCGUGGGCACCGUGGUGCAAGCCAUGAGGGGAGUUGGCCAGGCCAGGGGGCCUCCGACCCUGCCCACGAGCCUGGGGAAAGGCCGUGGGAGGAAGCAGCUCGGCCGCAAGGAGACUGCCCAGGCUCAGAAGCCUCCAGGGUGUCGCUGUCUGUUUCCUGGGCUUCUCGUGCCUCAGUGCCCCGUGCCUUCGCCGCCAUCUUCUCCGGGGCCUCAGCCCAGAGGUCGUCGCCGUUCUCGGGCUUCUCCGUGGGGUCAAGCAGCCCAGCCAGGCCCUGCCCUCCGAAGUCAGGCCAGAGCACCAGGCCCAGCUCUCCGCAGUCAAGCAGCCAGACCAGGCCUCGUCCUCAACAGCCGCGCCACCCCGCUAGGCACUGUCUUCGGUGGUCAUGCUUCCGGGUUGGUCUCUGCUCUUCGCAGCCGUACAUCGGCACCAGGCCCUUCUCGUCGCCGUGGUGUACCCGCGCCAGGCCCUGCUCAUCGCCCCGGUGCGUCCACGUCAGGCCCAGCUCUCCAGCGUCGCCGUGCAUCCACGCCAGGCCCUGCUGUCCCUCGCCGCCACGUGCCUGGCCCUGCUUUCCGCAGGCGCCGCUGUAGUUCCGCGCCGGGCCCAGCUCUCCGCAGCCGCAGCCGUGCUUCCGCGCCGGGCCCAGCUCGCCGCAGCCGGAGCCGCAGCCGUGCUUCCGCGCCGGGCCCAGCUCUCCGCAGCCGCAGCCGUGCUUCCGCGCCGGGCCCAGCUCUCCGCAGCCGCAGCCGUGCUUCCGCGCCGGGCCCAGCUCUCCGCAGCAGCCGCCGCCGUGCUUCCGCGCCGGGCCCAGCUCUCCGCAGCAGCAGCCGCCGCCGUGCUUCCGCGCCGGGCCCAGCUCUCCGCAGCCGCCGCCGUGCUUCCGCGCCGGGCCCAGCUCUCCGCAGCCGCCGCCGUGCUUCCGCGCCGGGCCCAGCUCUCCGCAGCCGCCGCCGUGCUUCCGCGCCGGGCCCAGCUUUCCGCAGCCACACAUCCGCGCCAGGUCCUACUUACGGCAACCGUGCAGCUGCUCCGGGUCCUGCUUUCCACAACCGUGCUUCCAGUCGCCGUGCAUCUGGGCCGGGCCCUGCUCUCAAUAACCACGCCAGCCCACCAGGCCCUGCUCUCCGCAGCCGUGCAUCGGGGUCAGGCCCUUACCUCCGAAGCCGAGCCAACCCUAUAGGCCCUGCCCUCCGCAGUGGCUGCCCGACUUCGGGCUUUGUCCUCCGGAGCCGCACCAUCGAAAGGUCAUCCUCUAGAAGCCUCGCCUCUCUACCUGUGCCUACUAGCCUGAGUCCUCCUUCUUCCCCUGGGGUAGCCUUACGAAGGCUGGUCUGCCAGAGCCCUUCAAGCUCUCCUAAUCCUGAGGUCCCAAGCGUUGAUGCCCAGCCCCGUUGGCAUGCAGUCCGUAUGCGAGCCUCAUCUCCCUCUCCUCCUGGUAGGCUCUUUCCUUUCCCUGAACAGCUCCCCUCCUCUUCCUCCUCCUCCUCCUCCUCUUCCUCUUCUUCUUCCUCUUCUUCCUACUCUUCCUCCACUAGUUUUUCUGGCCAGAGCACCUCUUCCCCUAAGUUUAGUGGUUUGGGCUCCAUCUCCACUCCUAGUCCUGCGAGCCUGAGGCGUGCUUUGCUGCCAGAGCUUGAUGCCCUGAGCCCUCUCUCUCCAGGAGAGGAGGCUGAAACAGGGAGCAUGCCUUCCUCCCCUAUACCUCCAGUGGUGUGACAACCACAAAAGGAAUUACCAUGCACCCAUUGGCCUGAAAGGGGGUGACUGCUCUGCAGUUAACCUGGGAGGUUUACAAGUGCUCUAUUAACCAGCGUAAUGAGAAAUUUUGAUGCUGUUUGGAGAGGCAGUUUUAAAGCCUCUUUUCCCCAUAACUUUACUACCUAGCACUUACUUGCUAUUGGCCCCUGAUUCCAGGCCCACAUUUUUCUGAAAAAAGGCCUGCCUUUGCCCCUAUGUUAAGA